CUGGUGUAGCAAGCCAUGACUAGCUUCCAGACUGAAUGCUGCUUUCUCACAAGCGCACUCACCUCGUUGGAAAUCGUCGAUAUGUCUCUUCAGCGCAGCAUACUCCGAUCAAGCGAUAUUGAUGCUGUGAUCUUCAAAUUUGUCACUGGGCUCCGUGGACUGCCCCCUUUGCUUGGACGCGUCUGGAACAUGUGCACCUCCUGGACUAGCACUACGCACAGUGAUGUGAUUUCUUAGACGGGAGUAAAGGGUGGGGGUCGCCUCUCUUUCUCUUCGGCUAACCAGGCUCUCGCUUCGACCCUUCUGCUGGUCCGCCGGCCCACCGCCACUCUUUCACUUCAACACGCUCACGUACGGGCUCUGUUUAUGAAGAGCAGAGUCUGACCCAUUUGCAUCCGAAGGAACAUCCGAGCCAAGGGAGGAUCUGCCGUCGUCUUAAGAAUCGUUGCGUCGUUCUCUUUCACGCUACUCGGUGUCACCCUAAUUCAUUAUCACCAUGAUUCAUCACCGCCCACGAUGGAUUGAGGCUCGCAGAUUUGGUAUUGGGCCCUGGGGGACUGGCUUCAGCUACUACACUUCUGCCUUCGGUCACGCCACUUCUAUCGAGCGAUUUAGCAUUCAAGCUACGCAGACGCAAACAGCUGUGAUCACUUCUGUCCAAGAUGUUACCUCUGUCGACACCGCGACCGUAGUCGCGACCAUCACGAUCGGAGGUGCAAACGACCAGGUCACUCAAACCAUGAUCCUCACCGCGACUCGGACAGGCGACGCCCUGACGCAGACGGAUACCAAGACGAAGGCUGUGGGCUCGACGGCGGGAGUGUCCACAUCGCGCGCUCGCGCAGAUGAAUCCCAUUCGGUCUCGCCCUCAGCGACGUCCGCUGCAGACCACGUUCCGACUACUGCAUCCGUUCCCACGACCGCCGUGUUCGUCACUCUUUCCGAUGACGGCCGUACUGUCACUUUGCGCGGUUCGGACUCAACAGCGCAUCCUGCUGCUACGGGGGCGAGCGGUGGCGCAGCAUCGCGGUCGGGGGCAAUGGAGAAGGGUGACGUUGCGGCGAUCGUCCUUGCGCUGGCUCUCGUCUUGGGGCUGAGCGGCCUGCUGCUAUUCGUGUGGAGGAAACGGAGAGCGUCGAAGGGAAGGGAAGUCGCGAUCACUCAAUUCGUACCCCCCGCGUCUGCAAGCGCGUCUAGCGUCAUACAAGUGCCGUCUCGUAGACCCAGUUACCGGAGCACACCGAUACCAUGGGAUGCGUCCACAGACGUCGCCCAAUCGGCCGCGGCGACUGUCGUGAGCCCGGCGGGCGCUUCAGGGUACCACGGAGGCCGGGCUGUAUACCCGCUGGAGGAGAAAACGCGCCUUGGUCCUUCUGCGACUCGGUACCGAGCACCGCAUUCCCCAACAACAUUCGUCACAACUCCUUCGUCUCCAUCCGCACAUCCCUUGUUGUCACCACUCUCGCCGAAUCCUGUUUCGCCCCCGCCCGCGAUCCACACCCAAUUGACUAGCGCGCGCACGGACCUGCCAUAUGCGUGGGACCAGCCGCCCCCGAGUUCGGAGUACCUUCCUCUUCGUCAUUCGACGUUGAUCCCGUCUGCAUUCGUUGUGGCGAGCGGCUCGCUUGCGAGGGAGAGCUAUCGGACGAUGGUCUCGACGCCGCCAUAUAGCCAUGGGGGGCUGGACGUCCACGGGAGGCCGCCGUCUUACAGUCCACGUUUGGCCGAGCAGUGA